UUUUACACCACUUUUAUAACGACUACCAACAACAUGUCUUCUUCUCAUUCUCCUUCUCAAUCUUCUUCAAAAGAUGGUAAGCCAUCAUUCAACCUUCAAAAGGCGUUGGACAAAUGUGUGUCUGAUUGGGAUAAGGCUAAGGCAGCUAGAGAUAAAGCAGAAACAGACCUUGCGCUUGUUUCACCCACAAAGCCAAACGAUGCCAAGCCAAUUAAAAAAAAAAAAAUUUCAAAUACUUCAACUACCAACGACAUGCCUCCUUCUUCGUCUUCUUCGAAAGACGGUAAAUCAUUAUUCAACCUUCAAAAGGCGUUGGACAAAACUGUAUCUAAUUGGGAUAAGGCUAAGGCAUCUCAAGUAAAAUUUCCGACUGCGCUUGUUACACCCACACGGCAGAAGGAUGCCAAGCCAAUGUAUCCUAAACCACCUAGUCGCCAAAACUAG